ACGAGGAAUAGGAGGAAGAGUAGGAGGAGGACAAGUGACAGCAUCAUCAGCAUCAGCAUCACGAAAGAGAGGAGAGAGAAACGAGAGGAGAGAAGAGAGACGAAAGGGAGGAGAGAGGAUGCGCUUGCCACCCAAAGCAACCCAGCGCCACACACACACACACUACGGCGCGGAGUCUGCCUUAACACAGGUGAGCUCCAGCCCCCCGCACGCGCCCUCUGCCCCGUCACCCAGCCAGCCAGCCAGCCAGCAUCCGCCGCUCACCACCGCUCGCCGCAACCCCCUACUUUACGUCGCUCUUCUCUCUCCAGGGCGCUCGCAGCCAGUCCUCCUCUCGCCGCGGGCACGGUCAGGUCUUGCCUCCAUCCCCCCCGCGGUACUGAGACCUUGACGCGAGAGUUUCCGUUUAUAGUCGCCGGCGGGUAGUGCUUCGUGGUGGUCGUUGUGGUGGUGGUGGAGGCCAAUAAAACAAAUGGACGAGCGGAGAGUCGGGAGGAGGAGCAAGCAAUGACGGCAGGACACGUUCGCUGGCUCAACAUUCCCACUCCCGGGGGCGCAAAGGAUUCCUGACUACACGAACGAACGAGGAUACGAGUGAACGAGUGAGUGAGUGAGGGGAAAAACACCUCAAGGCCACACCGACCAACGAAACGCAACUGACUCUGUGGUGGUUGUGUUGGCGGUUGUCGAGUUUCUUUUUUUCUGUGGUUUUGAAUGUCGGCGCCGAGUGACUGAAUGAAACUUGUGGCUGAAACGGAAAGGAGGAAAAGUGACAACGCACAUAGACUGACACCCGCCGCCACAGCUCCUCUCUCCGCUGCAUCAGGAGGAAGCGGAAGAGAGAGCUGCCGCCGGGACGCCUCUCUCUCGCUCUCUCAAUACCAUGGACGCCGGGAGCUGUCAGGCGAGCUUUGGGGCCGCGAGAGAACCAGCCGCUCGCGACAGCUCCUGAGGGGGAAGAUAAAGUGAGAGAGAGAGAGAGAGAGAGAGAGAGAGAGAGAGAGAGAGAGAAGCACCGAUCGGAUGUCGAGAGCAGAGUCACCGAGGGAGGCGGCGUUGUCCCGGCUGGCCCUGCAAUGGGUUUAGUGUGCUCGGGCCGGUGUGGUCAGGACGCCGUGGGACCGGAGCCAGCAGCCCACACCCCCACCGCACGCCGCACCAAGGACAAGGUCGCCGCCGCCGCCGCCUCAGCGCCCCACACGCCCAACGACACAGCGGACAACCCGGAGCAAGGGGUGCGGGGUGAGGGCAGCGGCUCGAGCGGCAGGAAGCACAGCACCGAGGACCCCGCGGCCAUGCCCUCCAGAACGCUGCUGGUGGGGGCCGAAGACCCCGACUCUGACCAAGGGGUCGGGGCGCUGGGCCUCGCUGUGAACGGAAGGAAUAAGAUGAACCACGACCUUCCGUUAACAGCCGAGGACAUGACGGGGGAGGCGGUGGGUCAGUACCUCAAGGCCCACCCUGAGUUCUUGGAGAGUUGGCUCAUGGAACAGGUCGAACUCGAGACGCUGGAGCGGUGGAUGAUUCGACGGACCCAACGCGACAAACAGAAGAGCUUGGAGAACGGGACAAAUGCGGCUCCAGUGAUUCUCGUCUCCUCUUCUCUUUCUUUCGAUUCCACUACUACCACUACCAAUACUACUACUACCUCUGCUACCACCACCACUACAGCCGCGUCCAAUAGAGCGUCCCUUGAGCGAGUGGCAAGUAAAAUCAUCCGGAAAACAAGCUUAUCCAGAUGGAAGUUCUGUGUGCACGCCGACAAACGCAAGAUGCUGCAGGAGCUCACAUCGUCUCUAUACGUGCGGCCCAACAAGCCUCACGUCCUCUGGGAACUCACGCGCUGCAUCUCGUCGGCGGUGAACGCGGACGGCUGCAACCUCUACCUCGCCGACCUGGACACCAACACGCUCAUGCGAUACGUGGAGAGCAAAGACGGGGAGGGGAACACUUCAACGUGGACCUGUCCGGUGGGUAGCGGCUCGUGGCUGUGCGGGUACGUGGCCAGCUCCCGCCAGGCCACCCGAGUGACCUGCCCCACCACCGACCCGAGGUUCCCCAAAGGAUGCGCCUCCGCAGAGGAGCAAGACGUUCACCACCUCCUCGUGAUGGCGGUGGUGCAGAGCGACGGGGAGCUGGCGGCGGUGCUGGAGCUGUACAGGCGGCGGGGGGGCGGCGAGGCGUUCCACACGGAGGAUGAGGAGAUCGUCAACUCGUACCUGGUGUGGGGAGGCAUCGCCCUGCACUACGCCGAGCUCUACCACAGCAUGGUGAAGCAACGCACGCUCAACGAGUUCAUCCUCUCCGUCGUCAAAUCGAUCUUCCAGGAUAUGGUCAGCAUGGACACGCUCAUUAUGAAGGUGAUGAACUUUGCCCAGAAACUCGUGAACGCCGACCGCGCUUCCCUCUUCCUCGUCGACUCCAAGAACAAGCAACUCUACGCCCGCAUCUUCGACAUGGGCAGCGAGUUCACGGAAGACAACCCCCCGCAGUCGCAGUCCUUCAAGGAGAUCAGGUUCGCCAUCGGGAAAGGAAUCGCCGGCAUCGUGGCCCAGAACGGGGAGGUCCUCAACAUCCCGGACGCCUACGCCGACCCUCGCUUCAACCGGACCGUCGACCAACUCACAGGCUACGUCACCAAGUCCAUCCUGUGCAUGCCCAUCUUCAUCCGCGGGAACGUGAUCGGCGUGAUGCAGAUGGUGAACAAAGCAUCGGGGGUGUUCAACAAGGAGGACGAGGAGUCGUUCCAAAUGUUCGCCAUCUACUGCGGUCUCGCCCUCCACCACGCGAAGCUGUACGACAAGAUCCGACGCUCCGAACAGAAGUACAAGGUAGCUCUGGAAAUGAUGAGCUACCACAGCAGUUGUGCGCCCCUCGAGCUUGAUAUGUUGUCAAGGGAAGAGGUGCCAGGUGUCUUGCCAGGCGUAGAUGACUACUACUUCUGCGCCAUGAACCUGGAGGACAUGACGAAGGUGCGACACGCCAUCUACAUGUUCGUCGACCUCUUCGGCCUCUCCCGCUUCGAUAAGGACUGCCUCAUCCGCUUCACUCUCACCGUCAAGAAGAACUACCGCCGCGUGCCCUACCACAACUGGACGCACGGGUUCAGUGUUGCCAACUCCAUGUACGCCAUCAUCAAGCAUAACCCCAAGAGCUUCCGGCCCCUCGAGUGUCUCUCCUUGUUCAUCGGGUCCCUCUGUCACGACCUCGACCACCGGGGGAAGAACAACAAAUUUAUGCUGGAGACGGAGAGCCCCCUAGCGGCCAUCUAUACGACCUCGACCCUGGAACACCACCACUUCAACCAGACCGUCACCAUCCUCCAGCAGGAGGGGCACAACAUCUUCGGCAAGCUCACCUCGACGGAGUACAAGCAGGUCCUGGGCAACAUCAAGCACUGCAUCCUGGCCACCGACCUCGCCCUCUUCUUCCCUAACAAGGCCAGACUCACGCAACUCGUCGAGGACAACCUAUUCGACUGGGACAACUAUGACCACAGGAUGCUCAUAGAAGCCAUCGCCAUGACCGCCUGUGACCUCUGCGCCUCGGCCAAGCCCUGGGAGAUGCAAGCCGAGACUGUCAAGGUCAUCUUCGAGGAGUUUUACGAGCAGGGAGAUGCGGAGAAAGCUGCCGGCAAGAACCCAAUCCCCAUGAUGGACCGGACAAAGGUGAACGAACAGGCCGAAUCACAGGUCGGUUUCCUCUCUGGGAUCUGCAUUCCUUGCUACGAACUGCUCCACCGACUCAUCCCCAACACGGAGCCUCUGCUGGACGGCUGCAAGAACAAUCUGCAGACGUGGAAAAAGAUCGCAGAGGAGAAGCGGAAGGUGAUGAAGUCCAACAGCGAGGUGGAAGGCGAGGAGGAGACGGACACGGGCAUCGAGGAAGUGAACGAGGAGGAGGAGGAGGAGGAGGAGGGAGUCGAGGCCUUGCAAGACAUCGACGACGAGUGUGUGGACGGGAAGAGCGGAACUUAGAACCGUGUUGAGAAGGAGUGCGAUCCGACGUGAGACCACCGACCGAGCGAAGGACUGUCUUGUCUUUCGAAACCAACGUUCGCAAACGCCAACGUGUGACUCUGAUGACAAGACUGCAGUGUGAAUAGCGCAAACCAGCGUGAAAAACCUUAGUGAGACGAUACAUAACACUGUGAGAACAAAUGUGGUACUCUUUAAAACACCGCAUCUCGAAAUGACACAAAUAAUGGUACUUCUUCAUAUCCUCCCAGACACUCAAGCGCUGUUUUCUUCCUAGUGAGAGAAGUUUCAGGUGUGUUAACUUAACCUCAAGCACAACAAAGGGACAGAACCUAAGCAGACAGUACGGACACUCUCUCUACUUAUGAGAAGGAAACUUGAGAGGAAAAGGAAGGAAGUUACGGUCGUUUUAGCGUCAGAUACAAAAGGGGCGGAUCCUAAAAAGUCUCUCCACUCUUUCUGCCCACGACGAAAAGACUCGAAAGGAAAGUGAAGGAUGUUUCGGGCUUUUUAACUUCGGGCACAAAAUGGACAGAACCUCAACAGUUUCCCCACUCUCUCCACUUGACUUGGAAGGGAAGGGAAGGAGAGAGAGAGGGACAAAAUAGGGACGGAACCU